AUCGCUUAUAAGUAUUUGCGAUAAAUUAAACAGAGCCCAAUUCUACACUUUCAACCCAUUUCCCCUCAAAUAUCUCCUCUCAUUUUAGGGUUUCAGAAUCAGAAAAGAAUCAGCGCCGCUACUCCUUCACUCUUCUCCCUCGUUUCCUUCUUCUUCGCUCAGCGUGAAGCCGCGGUCGCCGAUGCUUAAUUUUGCUUAAUUUUGUGACUGGAAUUCAUGUGUUUUGAUGCAUAUUUCUCUUUAAUUUUGCUAUGGAGUGAGUUCUUAUUGGCAUAGAAAUUCUCUAGUUGAAUGGACGAAUUAGUCGGCCCUCGUCUCUACAGCUGCUACAAAUGCCGGAAUCAUGUUUGCCUUCAUGACGAUAUAAUCUCCAAGGCAUUUCAGGGACGACACGGACGAGCCUUUCUGUUCUCCCACGCCAUGAACAUCGUUGUCGGGGCCAAAGAGGACAGGCAUCUAAUGACUGGUCUGCACACUGUGGCUGAUAUCACCUGUGCAGAUUGCAGUGAGGUGUUGGGGUGGAAAUACGAACGGGCUUUUGAGGCGUCGCAGAAAUACAAGGAGGGUAAAUUCAUAUUCGAGAAAUCAAAGAUUGUGAAGGAGAACUGGUAGCCCCAUGUAGUAAGUCUGAUGUGACUCUGCCUGAAAACUCAUGAAUUCAUUCCGUACAUACGAUUUUAUUUGUUUUUAAGUGUCCAUCAUGUACAGUCAUUGGUCGAAAUAUCGAAAUGCAGCAGCGUUUGGAUCGUGUUAUUAUUAUGUAUUUCAAGUUUAUAAACAAGUUUGUCUUUGUGAUAAUAUAAGUCCUCGUCUUGUUAA